AUGCCAGCAUUGAGGCGACGCUUCUCUUGUCCGGAUCUCUAUCUGCAACAAGUAAAAGAACUCUCUUUGGAACCCCCAGUUAGCCCAUUCUAUGCUCACAAUCGAACGCCCACCCCGGCUAGUACAAGUGAUGACCCGUGGAGACAUCGAAAAUAUCAACUUUUCAAUGCACCAAAAUCUCAUUGUAUCGAAAUGAUGAAAGAUAUCGAGGAGCGAGUGAGAGAAAAAUAUGCACAUGAAGACGAUGAAGAAUUUGAAGGAAAUGAACGAGAAGACGAGAAUUUUGAUCAAACGGAAAAGGAGCUAUUGGAAGCUGGGAAAGGAAAUAAGACAGAAAACCAGCUUGAUGUGCCAUCAAAUCGAGGAGCGUCUCGUUCAUUGCCCGGCUCGUCGGCUCUUGAUCGGGACACCUCAUCACUACUUGAUGAUGAGGAUGAUUUCGAUGAGAAACGAAGGAGAACCGAUUCGGUUUAUCGACGAAUGUACAACAUGAAUGCGAAUCAUCAAUUGAAAUUCGCAAAUUUGCAUUCUGUCUGCUCGUUCGAGUUCUCUCCGCACAGCGCCGCUUUAAUCGGAUGCGGAAAGAAUUACAGGGAAGAGUUAUCACUGGAAACGAUUAUGCCCCUCGAAUACCCGGACACUUGGGGCGCUGACAAAUACAGCAUUCUGAGCAUCAAGAAAGUCAAAUUUUGUUCCAUGUACUCGUUGAUGGGAAGAGAUGUCUACAAAUUGGUGGUCGAUCGAGCGAAGAGGGGCGCGGUCAACUUCUCCGUGGAACCAGGAAUUGAUCGACUUACUGAUAUGAAGAAAAACUCAAUUGACAUUUUCUUGAGCACCGCGAAAGAGUCAGAGAAAAUGUUCUUCAUGUGGUACUCUUGUGUGUUCGAUCUAGUGCAUGGAUUGAGGCCGAACAUUGAGGAACCCGAUCCAGAGACCGAAGGACAAGUUACAGAAGGACAAGAUAACAAGAAGAAAUCCCCGGAAUGGGAUAUGGACAACGAUGAGUACUAUCGACAGUUUGCGAAUCGAAAGGAUGAACUUUACAGGACUCGAAGCAGACGCGAUAGUGCUGAUGAGUUUGGCUCUGAACUGACUGAAGUGAGGGAGCAAAGUGAUGUCGAGGAUGAGACAGAAACGGUGAAAGCAAGAUCAACAUGCACUGAGGAGAGCUAUGAUUCCGAUGUCACCGAAGAGGAUGAUGAGGAUGAGGCUGAGGCUGAGGCAGAUCUCGUCUGCUUCAGAAUUAGAGGAUUACCCGGACUCCUUCAAUUGGCCUCAAUCGCAACGACGAGAUCCGAAGAAUAUGAGACCGAUCAUUUUGGGAUUAUAGAGAUCUAUUCCGGUCCUGAAAGAAUGGCGAUUCUUCGAUCAAUCGGCAUGCCGAAUCCAUUCAAGAGAACGGCUAUUCGAAAACUUGCAAAAAUCUACUUCAACAAGAACAGCAACAAUUUUCGGCCCUACACUUGCUUGUUGAUUGCGAUGUUAUACGGAGCACACACAGCUGUUGGAGAGAUGUUCGAAGAGAUCAGUAAUGCUUAUGGAAAGCAAACGCCUGGCUCAAUCGACGAUAUGACUGGAGGACCGAUUGGUCAAUGCCAUUUUAUGAGCGAAAUGUGGUCUCGGUUCAAAGAUUUGCAGGAACUUAAGGAGAGGAAUUCAAAGGACUAUAGCACUGGGCACAAGCGAUGGUUGGCCAAAUAUAAGCAGUACUCUUCAGUUAAUGCUCAACCGGAGCUCUACGCUUGUUUAACGUUUAUGGCAAUGGUGUUGGAUACGGCUCACGCUGAGGAGCACAGGAGAACGUUGGCGCUGGAUAUGAGUGUCCCCUUCGUCUUGCGAAUCGCUUUUUGUGCAAUGUACAUGAAACGACUCGAACUUCUCUCAAUUCUAUGCACUCAAAUGGAAGUGGCAAACGAUUUGAACAAGCUGAUCUUUCUCGGUCUUGGGCCCCAUCCUGACAGCAUUCGAGUGUUAUUGAAGUGGGGUCCACUUGGUGGUGGAGAGCCUCCGGUUGGGCGUGGCGGAGGAUUUGAUCCAUUCGGUGGGGGUGAAGGGCGGCCUAAAGACGUCGAGAUUAGUACAAGU